CGCCUCUUAUUUACCCCGCUUAUGAUAGCCCGAUGCUUCUUUAUGCCUCAGCCUAGCUCAGUUUGUUUUACGGCCAAAAUUGAAAACAUUAAAGGAAAAGUACUUUUUAUAGCAUCUGUACUUAACAUUUUGGGAUAUUAGGCCUCACGCGCGAAGCAGUGACUCAUCAUGGGUGAUCCGCUCAGUGUAGCGUCAGGACUCAUCGCCGUUGUCACCGCUACACUGCAAUCAAGCAAAAUACUCUAUGAGACUAUCCAAAGCUUCCGAAACCAUCGAACUGCAGUUUUAGAUCUUGUUCGCGAACUCAAAGGUCUUGAAUCAGUUCUCAGUCCGCUGCAAGAUCAUGUGCGUUCCGACGAGACCGCGUUCUUACCGCUCAAAGUUCCCCUCAUUCAGUGCCGACAGGCGUGUGUAGAUUUCCAAAUCCUGAUCGAGCAGAACAGCAGGCGCACUCGAGCAGAGACAAGAACAAGCUUGAGAGAUUGGGCCAAGUUAAUCUACAUGAAUGGCGAUAUUGUUUCUUUCAAAGAACUCUUAGCCGGUUACAAAGGGACGAUAACUAUAGCGCUAGCUGACGCCAACUUGCGCUCCUCCAAGGUUACCCUUCAAGUUUUGAACGAUUACAAAAACUUGAUUUGCGACACUAAGCUUGAUCUGGAGAAGCAUCUGAAAGACAUCGACUCCAAAUUGCAAGACAUAGUAUCUCAAGGCGCCACGACCGAAGCUGCUGGAGGCCAGGCCAAUCUCCGGAAAUUCGAAAACGAAAAAGAAAGUACAGAACGAUGCCUUGAGUAUUUGAAACAUCUCCUUGAAGAAAUCAAUGGGAUGAGUUUUCAACCCGUUUUUACUGGGUCUGCCUCGAAUACUGCUGUCAUGUCUAUCUCAGCUGGCAACAUGACACUUGCUGAUUCCCUCACUAUUUCCACGCUCAAGACAUGCAGCUACAACCUCUCGGACACCAUCGACCGCCUCGAGUCGCACCGUGAUAAUACCGAAGAGAACCUCAGGCUUAGGUCCUUGGUACAAGAUUUGAAUCAGAAAAUCGAUCCUGGUGCGAAUCGCGAGACACUUCAAAAUGAGUUGGAAAGCACGAAACAGUGCUUAAGUGUCUGUGAUCGGGCAUCGCAAUGGGCAUCCUCAGGACGGGUCCACGUGGUUGAAGAUAUCAGCGUCGGGAACGAUGGAAAGCAAAUAUGCGUGUCUACACUAGGGGACCUAUUUAACAUCAAGGGAGCUAGGGCCGGUCAUGGAUCCAUUCAAUUCUUUGGGUCUGUUUCAGAGGGUAGUCUCAACGAUGUGCUGAGAUCCCAGAACCAGCGGCAAUAUGUACGCAAUGAAGGCACGGUAGACGAGGGAUGCGUAAGUGGAGGGUAUACGCAAUCAACAAGAUAGUUCUAUUCGCUCCUCUGCGGCCUGUCCACAGCCCUAUGGUGUUGCUCUCGACCAGCCUCUGCCAGAGACUUUCCUGCCCC